AUGAUCGACAUCGAAGGAGGGUUUUUUUUGGUUUGGAAAUUAUCGGCUAUUACGUGUUAUGGGAAAGGGAAUGUCGCUUUUGCUAUGUGUUACCUAAUUGAGAAGAAAUUGAAGACUUUGUAUGACCAGAAAUCAACAGAAGCAUCCCGAAACAUCCUUAUUUCAGAUUUGACACAAGCAUUGGAAGCAAAAAUGGAUGACGAGAUGGUUACGCUUCAUAAUGUAAUGCCCGUGGAUCUUGCUAUAAAACGAGAAAUGGAAUAUCGACAUAAAAUGGAGGCCUUAAAAAACCAGCCACUCAAUAACUUAAAUCCUUUGCUACCUUCCCAAGUUCAUCCGACAAGUCGAACAACAUUAAAGAGAAAAGAGCCAUCUACAAGUGGCAUAAAACUAAAGAAACAGGCAACGGGGCUUGUUUGCAAGAUUUGUGAGAUAACAUUUUGUACGGUUGGUCAAAUGAAGGAUCAUUCCAAUAGUUUGAAGCACAAACACAUUGUACAACAGUUGAAGAAAAGGGGACAAAAUGUUAGCACACCAUUUUUAUGUGAGCUUUGUAACUCAUCUUGCUCUAGUGGUAUUGUAAUGGCAGUUCAUCUUAAGGGUACAAAGCAUGCUGCUGUUCUUCAGGAGGUUGAGAAAGCUAAAAGGGCUAGAGCCAAAGAGGGAUUUGGUCCAAGAAGGUAUUGAAUGUUUGGUGUAUUGAACAAGAGUAGACUGUAAUGCCAUUGUGUUAUUUAUAUAUUCGUUAUGAUGUUUGGAAGAAUGAGGGUGAAUGGUAUCGACUGUUUGUAACUUAUUUAUUUCGCAAUUAAAGAAUAUGUGAGCCUGGUUGAGAAGUAAAAUUAUAUACAGGAGUUAAAUCCUGACACACU